GGAUAAGUUCCUUCCGGGUCAGCGGCGGAAGCGUCCGCGCCGCGGGGGUGGGUCCGUGGGGCUUCCCUGCGUGUGUUGAGAACGCGGUCUGAGGCGGUGUGGUUUCGGCGAUGAGCUCCCAGAAAGGCAACAUGGCUCGUUCCAGGCCUCAGAAGUACCAGAACGUGUUUAGCUUCAAGAAUGACAGAUUCGAUAAGAGUGCGCAGACCAAGAGAAUUAAUGCAAAACUUCAUGAGGGAGUGUGUCAGCGCUGUAAAGAAGUUCUUGAAUGGCGGGUAAAAUACAGCAAAUACAAACCAUUAUCGAAACCUAAAAAAUGUGUUAAAUGUUUACAAAAGACAGUGAAAGAUUCUUAUCACAUAAUGUGUAGACUUUGUGCCUAUGAACUUGAAGUUUGUGCAAAAUGUGGAAAGAAAGAAGACAUUGUUAUUCCGUUUAACAAAGAACCUGAAAACUCUGAAAAUAUUGACAAUAAUCUAAGUUCCAACUGUAGAGGAAACUGCAGAAGAAAUGAAGAAAGCGAUGAUGAUUUAGAUUUUGAUCUUGAUUUAGAUGACACAGAAGAUUAACAACCCAGUUGAUUAAUGGAACUACAUUAAAAGUUAGUCUUUGAGAACAUGAGAUUCUGACUAGCUUUUGACUUCGUUAGUUUCACAUAAGAUGCUUUGAAGUCUUAAUGAGUAAUUCAGAAAAACUUGUAGGAAAUAUAAUUUGUACAUGAACAGUGUAAGUUGUAUAUGAUAUUUGAAUACUUAUAAAACUUUGAGAGUUUUCUUAUAAUAAAUUAUUAAAUUGAAUAUACUACAAUAUCUACUGCAGUAAGAAUUGGAGUAUCAUAAUGCAAUUCAUGGGAAUUAUUUUGGAGAAUAUAUUUCCUAAUAGAGAAUUAAACAAUAUUUAGAAUUGAUGACUGUAUAAGAACUAUUAUGAAAAAUGAGAUGACAUUAUAUUAUUGGCCUCAAAAAUGUUUCUGGGCUAAGUACCUGUUGAUAGAUGGAUCUCAUGUAAAUGGCCCACAUAGCAAAAACCCAUGACAUUUGCUUGUUACAAAGCUAAGCAUUUUAUGUUUCCAUAAAAGUAUUUUAACAGGGACAGCCUUGUGGCAUAAUGAGUGAAGCUGUCACCUGCAACACCAACAUCCCAUAUGGGCGCCAGUUUGUGUCCCGGCUGCUCCACUUCCAAUUCAGCUUCGUGCUAAUGACCUGGGAAAAGCAGUGGAAGAUGGCCCAAGUGUUUGGGCCCUGGCCACUAUGUGGGAGACGUGGAUGUAGCACUUGACUCCUGGCUUUGGCCUGUCCCAACACUGACCCAAAGUUGUGGCUAUCUGGGGAGUGAAUGAACAGAUGGAAGAUCUCUUUCUCUGCCUCUCUCUCUCUAACUCCUCUGCCUUUCAAAUAAAUAAAUAAACCUUUAAAGACAUUGUUUAACAAAUGUAUCCCAAUUUUUCUGGUAUUUUUAUAUAUUUCACCAUAUUAUUUGUUAUCUUUUCCUCUUGUGAAAGAUACAUACAGAAAAAGAUCCCUAGAGUUUGUAUGUAUCAUUUGAUGAAUAUUUGUAAAGGAAAGUUCAUAUCUUUACACUCAGAUGAGGAAACUGCCAGCACCAGCAGCCCCCUGGGAAGCUCUUUCUGUGUCAGGUUCAUCUGUCUUCCCAUGCUGGUCACUGUCCUGAACUUUGUUUCGAUUUCCUUUAUCUACUCUACUCCCCAUGUUUAUACCUAAACAGUAUAACAUUUUACCACAUUUUCUUUAUAUUUUGGCUUAUAUGGGUGUGUGUGAUUUAAUUUACUGAAUCACUUGAAAAUAAACAGCAAUAAUUUUGAACACUUAAGCCAUGUAAAUUAUUUUGUAUCUGUUCUUGUUUUCAUUGUUACAGAAUUUUUGAGAUUGAUCCAUGUUGUUAAAAGAGCUAUAAUUGAUUUUUCCCUGCUGUGUAUUAUUCUGUGCCU